AUGGCCCUCGCCAAGGCGUCCGAACUUCUCCCAACCAUGGACGGAGUCGGAACGCGUGUCAUCCGUGGUCCACACUGGAAAUGGGGCAAACAGGACGGCGGAGAAGGUCACGUCGGCACUGUCCGAACGGUUGAAAGCCCCGAAGAAGUAGUCGUUGUCUGGGACAACGGCACACCAGCAAACUACCGCUGCUCGGGCUUUUACGAUCUACGCGUUUACGACUCCGCUCCUUCCGGCGUCAAGCACGAAGGCUCCAUUUGCGACGGUUGCCGUCAGUCGCCCAUCUACGGCAUCCGAUGGAAGUGCACCGACUGCGCCAAUUAUGACCUAUGUUCCAUGUGCUACCACGGUGACAAACACGCAUUGCGUCAUCGAUUCUGUCGGGUCUCAAUCUCCGGAGAAAAGACCCCUGUGGAGUGUCGCCGCAAAUCAAAAAAGAUUGCCGUUCGGGGCUUGUUUCCCGGUGCUAGGGUCAUUCGUGGUGUAGACUGGUGGUGGGACAAUCAAGACGGCGGCCCUGGGAGAAGAGGAAAGGUGACAGAGAUCCAAGACUGGAGCGCCGCAUCUCCACGAUCCGCAGCGUAUGUGCUCUGGGAUUCUGGAACGAAGAAUCUUUAUCGCGUUGGUUUCGAAGGCAUGGCUGACCUGAAAGUCGUUAGUGACGCGAAAGGAGGAUACGUUUAUCGAGACCAUUUACCGCUACUCGGUGAGGAAGCAAAUUCCCGUGUGUCGUCCCAUGGAUUCCAGAUUGGCGACAGAGUCAACGUGGAUCUGGACAGUGAGAUCGUGCAGAGUCUGCAACACGGUCAUGGAGGCUGGACAGAAACCAUGUUCGAAUGUCUUGGAAACACUGGCACUGUUGUUGGAAUCGAUGCCGACGGAGAUGUCGUUGUCACUUACCCAAGUGGAAAUGGAUGGACGCUUAAUCCCGCAGCUCUCACGAAAGCAAGGGAUGCUGUAGUGUUGGGAGCCGAAGGCGGAAUUCCCUGCGAGCCCCCGUUCUGUGUUGGAGACUACGUUCAAAUAUGCACAGAUCUGGAGCAAAUGAAGCUGCUGCAACGCGGACACGGAGAAUGGACGGACGGCAUGUUUUCAACAUUGGGAAGAAUAGGACGUGUGUUGAAAGUGUACGCCGACAACGACUUGAAGAUCGAGGUGUGUGGGACUUCGUGGACCUACAACCCGGCAGCCGUGUCUAAAGUUGCAUCGGAGAAUGGCGAGAAGGUGACAGGACUGUUGAAGAAACUGUUUGAGCCUUCCCCAACUGGAGACAUCGUCGAAGACCUGGUGAAGUCGUCGGCCAACGGAGACGCCACAAUUGCCUUGGAUUGUUUGCAAGCCGGAGCGAAUGUGAAUGGGUUCCAUUCGGGCCACAGUGCGUUGCAAGCCGCGGCCCAGAACGGACACGAAGAGGUGAUCAAGCUGUUGCUGGCCCACAAGGCAGAUAUUGAGUUGGAAGACGUGGAUGGUGAUCGCGCAGUGCAUCAUGCUGCGUUUGGAGACGAGCCCUGUGCCCUGGAGUUGCUUGCUCAUUCCGGUGCUGAUUUGAAUGCGAGGAACAAACGAAGACAGACUGCGUUGCACGUGGCGGUUAACAAGGGCCAUAUUGGAGUCGUCCGAGCCCUGUUGGCCCUCGGAGCGUUGCCGAGUCUGCAGGAUAUUGAAGGAGAUACUCCACUGCAUGACGCGGUUUCAAAGAAGCGCGACGACAUCCUUGGAGUACUGCUAGACUACAACGCUGACGUGGCGGUGUGCAACAACAACGGAUUCAACGUGCUGCACCACGCUGCCCUGCGAGGCAACCCGUCUGCCAUGCGGAUCCUGCUGUCCCAGCUGGCCCCAAAUCGGGCCUGGAUGGUUGAUGAGCGGAAGGACGAUGGCUACACGGCCCUACACCUCGCUGCACUCAACAACCAUUGCGAAGUGGCCGAAUUGCUUGUGAAGAUUGGCAAGGCGGACAUGGAUGUGCAAAACGUUAAUUUGCAGACGGCGUUGCAUUUGGCUGUUGAACGUCAGCACACUCAGAUUGUUCGGCUGCUUGUCAGGGAAGGGGCCAGUGUCAAUAUGGCGGACAAGGACGGGGACACGCCGUUACACGAGGCCCUCAGGCAUCACACACUGUCUCAAUUGCGUCAGCUGCAGGACAUGCAGUUACAGCAAAACACUUCCAGCGUCGCCUGCAAAAAGUCAGCUGCAAACAUCGCCUGUUUCCUGUCGUCGCACGGCGCUGAUCUGAAGCAAACGAACAAAAAGAACCAGACAGCUUUGGAUUUGUGCCCCGACCCGAACCUGCGUCGAACGCUGAUUCAAUGCCACCGAGAAGAAUCUGCGGGUGGCCAUAAUAAGACGGCUUUGGCCCAGUCCCCGACGCCUGUCCCGACCCCUGCAUUGCCACGCAACAACGAAGUACCAUGCACCUCGAACGCCGUCGCGCUCACGAACGUGACCGAUAACAUACUGGUUUGCACCAACAACACCUCGUCGUCGGACAAUAAUACGAAUCGUCCUGACAACAUCAACUCGCCCGAGGAAUGCAUGGUGUGUUCGGAUGCAACGAGGGACGUUGUAUUUGGGCCCUGUGGGCACUUGGCUUGCUGCUCUCAUUGCGCACCGAUCGUCAAAAAGUGUCUGGUGUGCAAGGAGACGGUCAGUUCGAAGACGAAGGUGGAGGACUGCGUCGUUUGCUCGGAUAAACCCGCCGCAGUUUUGUUCCGUCCGUGUAAUCACAUGUGUGCUUGCGAAUCGUGCGCUGCACUGAUGAAGAAGUGUGUCCAGUGCAGAAGUGUUAUUGAAAAGGUUGUGAGUUUUGCGGAGUGUUGUGGAGGAGGGGUACCGGAAGUGCCUCAAGCAACGAACAAGACGAAACGUGAGACACACAACGCGGAUUUCGACAAAUUACGACAACAGCUGCAAGACAUUAAGGAGCAAACCAUGUGUCCCGUGUGUCUCGACCGACUGAAAAACAUGAUUUUUCUCUGCGGACACGGCGCCUGUCAGAUGUGUGGCGACCAAAUGUCCGAGUGUCCGAUCUGUCGCAAAAUCGUCGAAAAACGGAUUCUGCUCUACUGAUGAUCCACGAAGAUAAACGGUGCCAAAAGUGUGAAUACUUACACCAGUCCUCCUUUUUUGUGACGAAUUUCUCGAGUAUUAUCCUGACAAGUCAGUCCACCCGACGCUUUUGUGGAGAUAUCGCAUUUCAAGUACAGUACUGUAUCCUGGUAUUUUUAUGUAUUGACGUUGAGUCAAAUUUUAUGACACCGUGAUUUUCGCUGUUUCUUUUGAUGACUAGAUUUCUUAAUCAUGACGAAAGUUGAUUAAAGUUCCCGCGUUAAAUUGUUCGAAGAGGAUGCCAAUUUUGUGAUUUUUUCGAAGAAACGGGAGUGUUUUUUUUUUUUUUUUU